UGAGCUCAUCUCUGGAAGCAGACUCAUAACACUGAGGUGAACUUGACGUUGGCGCUGUGGAUGCUGGAGAGGGAGCUGAGGCUAUUUAAAGAGGGUCAUCCAGUCACGGAUAAAUAGCAGAAGGUCCUCUGUGUUGACGAACCGCCUCUAAAUGGUUUUCAUCCUGCACUGUGUAUCUGUCUGCGGCUUCUUACAGUCCACUAGUCCAGACUGAGGCCGACCAGCAGCCGUCGACCAACCCCAUCCAGCUCCACUCCUCCAAGGGCUUUUCUACUAUAUCUGCAUCAAUUAUUUAUUUUCGGGGAUACGCGGAAAAUGGGCAAAGAUUACUACAAAACGCUGGGCAUUUCUAAAGGAGCCACAGAGGAGGAUAUAAAGAAAGCGUACAGAAAACAGGCGCUGAAAUGGCACCCGGACAAAAACAAGUCUGCAGCCGCCGAGGAGAAAUUCAAGGAAAUCGCCGAGGCUUAUGAAGUCCUCAGUGAUCCGAAGAAAAGAGAAGUUUAUGACCAGUACGGAGAGGAAGGUCUCAAGGGAGGAAAUGGGCCCACUGCUGAUGGCCAAGGCAGCACAUUCACCUACACCUUCCAUGGGGAUCCACAUGCCACCUUCGCCACUUUCUUUGGGGGUUCAAACCCCUUUGAGAUGUUCUUCGGGCGUAAAGCUAACGGCAGAGACGACGAGGACAUGGAGGUAGACGGAAACGACCCCUUUGGCUCCUUCACCAGCUUCAACCUGAACGGAUUCCCCAGGGAUGGGCACAUCGGCCCUGGAGGGCCCCAACGCAGGAAGCAGGACCCUGCUAUCGUCCACGAACUGAGGGUCACCCUGGAGGAGGUCUUUCACGGCUGCACCAAGAGGAUGAAAAUCUCUCGCAAGAGGCUAAAUCCGGAUGGCAGGACCAUGCGCACAGAGGAUAAGAUUCUCACAAUCGAGAUCAAGCGGGGCUGGAAAGAAGGAACCAAGAUCACUUUCCCACGGGAAGGAGACGAGUCGCUGAACACAAUUCCUGCUGACAUUGUUUUUGUCAUCAAGGACAAGCCACACCCCCAUUUUAGGCGAGAGGGCUCGAACAUAGUCUAUCCUGUACGCGUGAGCCUGCGACAGUCGUUGUGCGGAUGCUCGGUGACCGUGUCAACGAUAGACGGCAAGACGUGCAACAUCAAGAUCACAGACGUCGUCAAGCCCGGCAUGAGAAAGACUGUGGCUGGGCAGGGCCUCCCCUUACCCAAAAACGCAGAGCAGAGAGGGGACCUGGUGGUGGAGUUUGAUGUGAACUUUCCUGAGACGCUGCCCGGCAACGCCAAGGACGUCCUGAAACGGCAUUUACCAACCUAGGGAAGAGGAGAUGACCGCGUGACAGAGCUAAACACACUCACACCAACACACACACUAACAGGUCACAGAUGGACCCCUUGCUGACGAAUGUGCAAUCUCUAUUUUUGAGCUAUGUGGUGUUUUUCUAAAUACCAUGCAUGCUGCCAAGUCGAUAUAAGUGAAAGACUGCUUGGGUUGUCCAUGACAUUUUAUAAUUGUGGGCCUUUGCUACAAUCACUUUAUCUUUUUGUCAGUGCAAUUAUUUGGUAGUUAAUGAGUCUUUGAUUGCCAAAAUCAACCCAAUAAUCCUGGGGAAACAUUGCAGUGCCAGACGAGUACGUUUUCUUGCUUUUGUUUCAUUAGAUAGGCGUCAUUACUGAGAUUUUUUAAACUGUCAUUCAUAUUGAUUUUGUCAAAACAAUCGGGAAACACAUUGUCCUGAGUAUUGGGAUACAAGCCUCAGUCAGUUUGGAGGCUGUCUUAAAAUGUGUGUACAGGAGGAAACUGGCUAAAUGAAAUGGAUCAAUGUGUGUGCAUUUUAAGAAACUGACAUGUGAAUUAACUGAAGUUGAAUUUUAAAAUAAAUAUUUCCACAUGAAGCGA